ACCUUUACUUCACUUGAAAGCACACACUCACGCCACGGAGAGGGGCUUGCUUGCGGAAGAGAAGUGGGGACAGCUGAUACAAGUGUUUUUAUGUUUUUUUUGUUUCGAUCCAUGUUACUAUCCGAAUGAUGGAGACACGUUCAUGACCCGGACGCAGAACUUCACAUCUACAUCUGCAUUACUGCCAACAUGUUCUUCAAGGAGGUCGAGGAAAACACAGAGCUGCUGGAACUACGGAAGGACAGCUUAAGCGCGGAGCGUUUACUUCCUUCAGUGCCCACACAGAAGACAUUUGACUACAUACUGGUGGGACACAAAGGGCACGAUGACUUGGACCCGAAGUCUCAGAGACAGAGCGAUUUUAUCCAACAGCUAAAAAAGAAAAACAUCUCAGUCACUACAAUCAUCCAUGAUGACAAAGUGUUUUAUGGCCUGCGGGCUCCCAAGGAGACGUUUGAAGACUACCAGUACCUGCUUAAAGUCUCAGACUCCUGCAACUGGCGUGGAGAUGUAAGAGGAGAGAUCCCCCAGGCCACCAGGAUCCGUAUUGUCUAUUUCAUUCUCCAUCAUACGCGCCUCGACUCAGGAGAGGACCUAAACGACCUGUUGAAGGACAAUGUCUUUGAAACUUUGUUCUGCCUCCAUGAGAGGAAGAAACAGAAAGAGCUGAGAAAGAAGUGGGCUCGUUGGUCGGCUGCUUUUACACCACAACCGGUCAUGGACAUCCAGUCUUACUUUGGGGAGAAGGUGGCUCUGUACUACCUGUGGCUGGGUUGGUACACUACACUGCUGGCCCCUGCUGCUGCUCUAGGUGUUGUAGUGUUCCUUUAUGGGCUAGCCUUUUUUAACAGUAGCCCUCUCAUUAACGAAGUGUGUCAGUCCAACAUCACCAUGUGCCCUCGCUGUGACAAUAGGUGUAAGGCGUGGGAACUGUCCGACACCUGCUCCUACGCAAAGGUCAGUCUUUUGUUUGACAACGAGGGCACUGUGGCUUUUGCUAUGUUCAUGGCAAUCUGGGCCACGCUGUUCCUGGAGCUGUGGAAGAGACACAGAGCCAGACAUGUUUCUAAGUGGAAUGUCUAUGACUGGUGUGAAGAGGAGGAGGAACUGAUCAUGGAUAUAGUCAAUGAUAAAAACUGUACACCCAGACAGUUCACACAUUCAUACUAUCGCAGUACUCUGGUCCUCAUCCUGGUCACAGUUAUGCUAAUGGUGAUCAUCGGCAUAGCUCAUGCUCUGGUGGUCUUUCGAGUGGUGGCUGCCCCCUUGAUUUCAGAAUGCAAGUGGGAAUUUUUGGAGGCCUACGCCAACCCUGUGGCUGUGAUGCUUGGGGCCGUGCUGCACUACGUCACCAUUCAGAUCAUGACCCGGGUGAACAGAUGGGUGUCCCUGAAGCUAUGCUCCAUAGAGAAGCUGAACACCACUGCUGCAAAAGAGAGGAGCUUCACAGUCAAGAUGUUCACUUUCCAGUUCUUCACUCUCUUCUCCUCUCUCUUCUAUGUUGCCUUUUUUCUGGGCAGGAUAAAUGGCCAUCCAGGAAACUAUGUACGUCUUGCUGGGUUCAGACUGGAAGAGUGCCAUCCCAGUGGUUGUUUGACAGAUCUCUUUAUCCAAAUGGCAGUGAUCAUGCUGCUGAAGCAGACUCUCAACAACAUCUUUGAGUUUACUGUGCCCUGGCUGAAGAAUUGUGUGCGCAAAAAUGCCGCAAAGAAGCUGGAAAGGAAGUGUGGGUACUGUUAUAGAAAGGCCUGCCGUGAUGAACAAGGCCGGAUUGAACCAUGUGAUAUCUGCAAAGUUAGGGACUGGCUACGUAACUAUCACCUGGGCAACACUGACUCCUUCAGCCUGUUUAAUGAAUUCCUUGAAAUGGUCAUCCAGUUCAGUUUCACCACCAUAUUUGUGGCAGCAUUCCCCCUCGCUCCCCUUCUCGCUCUCUUCAACAACAUCCUUGAGAUACGCCUGGAUGCCAUAAAGAUGGUCGAUCUGGAGCGACGCAUGGUUCCUAGGAAGACCAAUGACAUUGGUGUGUGGACGAAGGUCUUGGAAGCCAUUGGAGUGUUAGCAGUGAUCGCUAAUGGUCUGGUCAUUGGAGUCACAUCAGACUUUAUUCCUCGUCUUGUCUACCGUUACCAUUAUGGCCCAUGUGCGACUGGAGCCUCUCAUACAGACUGCAUGGAGGGAUAUAUUGAUGACACUCUGGCCACGGCUAAUGUGACGCACAAACACCAAGAGGGUUUCAACGUCACAAGUUGCCGCUACAGAGACUACAGGAGCGAGGACUACAGCCUGACUUCUCAGUUCUGGUUGGUCCUAGCUAUGCGGUUUGGCUUUGUCAUCCUCUUUGAGCACGUUGUGGUCAUCUGUAAAUUUGUAGCUGCCUGGUUCGUCCCCAAUACUCCUCUUAAAGUGAAAAAUGAACGGCUGCGCGACAAACUGGAUCGGCUGAAGAAAGAGCUGUCUGAAAUUAAACGGGCCAAAUCAACCGAUGUCUGACGUCCCAAACCAGACCUCAGAUCUGCUGCCACUGACGAGUCCUGGCCAGAAGCAUGAAACAGGGGUGGUUAUGUGGUCUUGUUUUUGUGGCUCAUAUUUGCUGGUGAAAUCUAAUCUAGAGUGCGUUGUUUAUGUGUUGAGAUACUAUUGGACUUUUAUUUUUUCCUGCCAACAUUUUACCAUACAACCAUCACCAUGCAUUCAGCACAACUGAUAAUCUUGCGAGGUAUUUAUAUCAUUCAUUCAUUUGUUCAUUCAUUCUUUUGUUUGAUGUAACCAUUUGUCUUCUGGAGGGUUGUGGAUCUCAUCCCAGAGCUAACACAGAGACACAGACGACCAUUCACAUUCACAUGCAUUUUUAUAUUAAGUUGUACUGAAUAAUAAAUGUACUAAAAUAUUAA